UCUCAUCGUAAGACGCGUGUAGAUAUCGUGUAAGUUACAUGUAACUGGAAGUUUUUUAAACGAUGCAUUCCGUAAUUUUAUGUACAGUGUCACUUUUGAUAACUAUUAAAGCACUGGAAGAAGAUCCUUUGGUGACUUAUUACAGACUUUAUGAACUGGGAGUUCAGCAUCACCGGGAGAAAAAUUACACCGUUGCAAACACUCUCUUCGAGAAAGCAUUGGAAGAUUACCAUUUCUACCAUAAGAAUGCCAUUAACUGUCGUGUUGAGUGUAGAAGGAAAAACAGCACUCUGGAAGAAAAACUUACGAAUUCUAGAAAAGUGUUAGAUAUUUUAGAAAUUAAUAUUUUUCAAAGUUUUAUUUAUCAAUCCAAAUGCUUAAAAAGAUGUUUUAUAAGAAUUUUUGGAGGGAGACCAGAACAUCUUCCCGAUUCAAACACUGUGAGGAUAGACAAAGAUUUUGAAGAUGGACGACAUUACCAGUUUAUUCAGUUUUGCCAAUAUGAGCUGAAGAAUUAUCCCCAAGCUGCCUCUGCAGCCUUUACUUAUUAUUUAAAACAUCCACAUGACAUAAAUGCCCAGCAUAAUGUCCAGCUGUACAGAGAAAGAUUCGGGGUCAAGGAUGAGGAAAUUACUGACCUUGACAGAAAACCGUAUCAGGCAUCUCACAUCCUUGGAGACAUUGCAUAUGAUGAAAGCAAUUGGACUGGUGUCAUUGAACAUUUUGAGAGGGCUUUAAAGGAAUUCUAUGAAGAGGAACAAAGAUGUCGACUCCAGUGUGAAGACAAAUUAGUCAUUCCAGCUUCUUCCCAUCUGACUGACUUCUUUCACUAUUUUGCAGAGCUUUACAUUCCCAUACUGAGAUGUCAGGUGGACUGUGAGUACAAGCUGAGUCGAGUUUUUGCUGAUCACGAGGAAGGUUUCCUGGAGGAACAUUACCACUAUCUACAGUAUGCCUACUAUCAAACUGGUGAUUUGGACCGAGCAGCAGAGGCCAUUGGAGCAUUCCUGUUAUUUAACUCCUCCCACAUGGACAUGCUACGUAAUCGCCUCUACUUUAUCACCAGGCUGGGUUACCAUGACUCCCACCUCAGUGCUAGAAAGGAGGCAGUGGAAUACAUAGAGAUGAGGAAUAAACUGGAGUCUUUGUUACAGUACCUGGAGUCUGAUGAUAUACUAGACGAUUUUGUUGAUGAUUCUGAAGGAAAUGAUAAAGAAAGAGGUCACUACUUGGGAAUUUUUGAGAAACUGGGUAUAAAAGUGAUCCAGAACCCUGAGGAGCUGAAGGGGGAGAGGUUUACAGCAGAGGGGGUCCUGAGGGAUGAGCAGAGUGAGGAAUUACUCAAUCUAGCCAGGUCCACAAAAACAGAUUCGUCUGGUGUAAAGACAAUUUCUAUUCCAAAUGCUAUUGAGGCUGUGAGGGGGGACCCAGAUCUGGAGAUUUCACUCCGACUGUUACUAAAACUAAGCGAGUCUGUCAGACUGUUUACCUCCAGAUUCUACAACCAGACCAGCUUCUACACCAAGGAAACUAAAUUAGUGUGCAGAGGGCCUACUGAUCCUGACCUGGAAAAUGCAGAAGAUGGCAGCUGUUUCCCUCAAGAGGAUGGGAGCUGUGUGGAUGAAGAAGCAUGGAAAUCUGUCACAGAAAAUCUGGACGAAUACAUAGCUGUAUUGUUUAUUAAUAAUGUGACAGAUGGAGGGGAGACUGUAUUCUUAAACAGGAAGAACACUGCAGUGGCAGGAGUAUCCCCCAGACAGGGGCUCUUUACAGUGUUUGAGGCCACAGACAGACACACCGUUACACAGCCAGCCUCUCAGCGAUGUGUUAUAUUUAUGACUUUUGCCCUUGAGAAAGACAAGGACAAUCCCGAAUAUCGUCAAGCCAUGACCUUUCUUAAUGACCUUGAUGAAGACCGAGUCAGGAAACUCAAUAUUGAUCAUCUAAAGAGGGUGGAUGAACUCAAACAUAAAGGUGUGACCAUUGUUCAGAGUGGGGAGGAAUUGCAUGGAGAAGAAAGAUUUGUAGCUGAUGGUUUGAUGAAUGAGGGAGAUUGUCAAAACCUGAUGUCUUUGUUAGAGGCUGGUGGUAUAGAAGGGGAUGGUUACAGGGGUGAAAGGUCACCAUUUACACAAAAUGAAGUGUUUACUGGUCUGACAGAUGACAGAGCCAAGCAGAGAGGUGGAAUACAGGGAGAUGGCUACAAAGGGACGGCAUCUCAGGUCGGCAAAAUAUCACCACACACUAAACACGAAAUAUUCGAGGGCUUGACAGUUGGUAGGGCAACUCAGCUUGCACAAUCAGGGGAAUUAUCCAAAGAUUUGGUACAGUUGUACCUAGAUGCCAGUGAGCGGGCUCGCCUUCUUGUGGAGAACUUUUUCAAUUUGACUCGCCCCCUUUAUUUUGACUUUACCCACUUAGUUUGUCGGAAAGCUGUCACAGAUGAAGAAGAGCGAUCAGAUUUGAGUCAUCCUGUUCAUGCUGACAACUGCCAGAUUCAGCCAGAUGGAUCCUGUCUGCGUCAGUUCCCAGCAUACAUUGCAAGAGACUAUAGCGCCGUGUUAUAUCUGAAUGGACAUGAAGAUUUUCUGGGAGGGGAAUUCUUUUUUGCCCAUGACAAUAAAACAGAGCAGAUAAGCAUAUCCCCUAAGUGUGGUAGGAUGGUGGGCUUUAAUGCUGGGGAUUACCAUGGAGUGAAGGCAGUUCGUAAAGGUCGGAGAUGUGCAAUAGCCAUGUGGUACACCAUGGAUCCAAACACACAGGAGUUGGCUCGUUUCCAGGCUCAAAAGAAGAUGGCUGACGGAACCUUUGUUCGAGGGAGAACACGAACAAGGGAGCAAAUAGAAAUAGGAAAUAAUGACGAGAACGAAAACCAAAACGGUCAUUCAAACAGAAUUCAGCAAGGGAAUCAUGAGACUGAUACAAAUAAAAAUAAAUUUCCUAAUAAAGACACAAGUAAUUUGGAUGAAGAAUAUUCUGAUGUUAUUCCAAUACAGGAAGAUGUAGAAAAUGAAUCAAAAGUGACUGAAAAAGAUAAAGAAAGGCAAGAAAAAAUUAACUCAGAAAUAAAAGAGAAUGAAGAUCAUGAAGAAUUAUGAGAUUAAAUGAAUUUAAAACA